UCGCUUAUUGCAUCUAUGAAUCAUAUUCUGGACUUUGCUUGGGAGCUCGACUUUGUUCGACUUUGUUCGACUUGUUGAUAAAAAUGUCGACUGAUAAUAGAGGUUUGCUUAUUUUUUCAUUUUGUCCUAACGUCAAAUGUGCAGUCUGCAGUCUUGUCGUAUCGUGCACAGUGUAUGAGUGCUUGGAGACGCUUUCGAUUAGCAAUAAUUUCGAUAAAUUUUGAGAGUCAGGUGAUCGGGCCUUGACAUUUGCAUGUGAUAAAUGUGCAAAUUAUAGUACAAUCAAAAUGAACACCGAAGAAAUAAUCGAUUUCUCAAAAUUAGAACCGACUAUCCAGACACUGAUAAGGAAGAGUGUGCAGGUUCGCGAGCAUUCUUAUUCGCCUUACAGUAAAUUUAAAGUCGGAGCUGCAAUACUGUGCGACGAUGGGACCAUUUUCGCCGGAUGCAACGUAGAGAACGCCUCGUACCCUGUCGGGACGUGUGCGGAGAGAGCAGCUAUUGUCAAAGCUGUGUCAGAGGGGAACAGAAAGUUCAAGGCCAUGGCAGUGGCAGGUGAGAAGACGAACGACACUUUCACCACUCCCUGCGGAUUUUGCAGGCAGGCCAUCGCAGAGUUCGGCGAUAUACCAAUUUAUAUGACAGGGCCUGAGCUGGGGAACGUACUGAAGAGUACAUUGACGAACCUGUUGCCUCGUGCUUUCGGUUUGGGAAGUGUACAGACACAAGAAUGAAUUGUACAACGCGUAAGAGCUUAACGGUAUACAUACAUUGGUGUAACAUAAAUUUAGAACAUUCCCUUGACUUUGUUAUUCGUUUUAAUUCACCAAAUCUAUUUUGUUCGUUUGUCUCGUGACAAGACAUUGGUUGAUCUUAUGAGUCAAAGUGUGCAGUCAAUCGUUAUAUAAAUUUUUAACGCACGGUGCAAUGGUAAAAAUUGAAAUCGAGUCAGUUCUUUAUACAAUGAAUACAAAGACAAUCGGUAAGAAAAAAAUAUUGUUACUGUAGUCUUAGCUUCCUGAGUAAUUCAUUCUCUCUUUCAAGUUUACAUAAAAAAAUGUAAUUGUUUACCGUGCGGCUUUCAACGUGCGCUCAUCCUAAUGUACAUUGUACUUUAUAAGCGGGAUUAUAACAUGAACAUUAUAUACAAUCAAUGUAAUAAUAUAGCUUAUAUAUGUACAGUAUGCUCUAAUUAUAAGACGUUAUGUAUAUAGUUAUACCUUAAUAAUAAAAAAUGCAAAAACAGGAA